CCGUGGCUGUUUGUAUGAGCAGUGUAGCUGGGUUUAGUGAAGCAGCGGAACGUUUUAGUCUUUCGGUUUUUUUUUUAUCAUUUAUAUUAGGAGGUUUUUAAAAAUAAAAAUUAGAGGUAUACUGAGGAAAGCGGUUACCGAAUCAAUAAGUGACUGUAGAGAACACUACUUGCAGAAGUUGAGCAUGGGUACCAGUGAGAGCAAGAUGGCUGUGGCAUCAACGCCUAAGCCGGAUCCGAUCCAGCAGCUCAAGACUCGACGCUUGGCCCAGCUGGCAGAUCCUCGAUCUCCGUCCUGCGGGAUCGACCGCACGCCUAUACAGGUGAAUGGUGCAGCUUCUACAGUCCAACAAGUUCCAGAGUCAGUUGGACCCGUGUAUGUUGAUCCACGGUCGCCUACGGUCGGUAUUGUUCGCACACCACUAAAGGACAGUAUGAAAAUAACGGUCAGCUCACUGGCUCGUCGGCUGAGCACGUUCUUCCUUAAUGAUGUGAUGGUUGGUGACACUACCUCCGCUCCUCUCCCCCCUGUGUCCUUUACUAAACACCACACCCUGCCUAGUGUAGAGCAGCAGGAUGAGUUGAACUCCAAAGAGCCCCUCCUCCCACCUCAUUCCCACAACUCUCUCAGUGGGCCCACUGACUGCCCGUCUACUCCUAAAGAUUUCAGCUCCUGCAUGGGUUACGGCUCCUUCUCCAGUAGUCCGUUUGUAGUGGUUGGUGAGACUCAGGUGGAGGUUGGGGUGGAAGCAGACACCACUAUUGACGAGGUUGAGGAGGCUGUCCUACUGGGUGAGUCUCCCCUUAAUCGGGAGCUCAGCCUCAGCAUGCUUGGCUGCCGCGAGGGUGUUUACUCACCAGAUUUCUUCCCCUCGGCAGAGGAGCGUCCUUCCACUCCUGUUCCUCCUUUGGAGGACGGGCGAGAUGUGGAUCACUCCUAUGCACGGCCUGUCCUCACCUGUGAGCCUGUUCAGCCUGCUCCUGUUCCUGUCCAAGAAGCCAUCAUGCCACCAAGGACUGCUGACAGGCCACAGUCACCUGAGCAGGAGAGUGUCGCAGAAGAAAUCGCUAUACUGCCAGAGCAAGAUCUGAAACGGACCAAGAAGUCAAAUUCUGAACCAGCCGAGAGUGAAGUCCUACUGCCUGCUAUAAAAGUCCCCAAGUUUGAUACUCGCAGCCCGAGCCAGACUGUUUUUAAGCCCCAGUGGCUGGGUGUGGGAUUUGGAGCGACAGGCGUCCGUGCUAGAGGAGUUCAGAGCCGUGGGAGAGGACCCUCCUCCCCGCUGUCCACCUGCAGACCAGUUACUGAUGAGAACAAGAAUGAGAAUAAGGUUGUGAUCAACAAACAGAAGCAGAGAGGAAAAACUCUUAUUGGUGAAGGCAGAUCCCCUCUGCAGAUCCUCAAGGAAACCAAUUCCCCCAGAAACAACACUUCACAGAUGAAGCUGAAGGUUUCUACUCCAGAGAAGCAGAGGUUUGGCCAAAUGGACAGGAGAGCUCUCGUUCUUUCUCUCAACAAAGAGAACCAGUGAAGGCCAGAAUAAUGGACUGGAUGACAUUUCUCAACAAACACUCUGUAUAUAGAACCCAGUUUCUCACUCGGAGCAGCUGUACAAUGAUUUUAUGAGCUUUAUGUGUGUGUGUGUGCCAUUUGUGGCUGUAAUUUUACAUUCCUUUUUCUUCUGUCUUGUCAAUGUCUUAAUUUUUCCCCCUCAAAAAUUGUAAAUAAACUCAAUUAUUUUAA